UUCAUUUUUCCUUUUUAAUUUUCUUUUUCCUAAAAAUCUUGUGAGUUGACAAAAUUGCCCCUCCAUUUUUACGUGUGAGUUGCACGUGUGCAAUUCAAGGAACAAUUUAGCUAAAAUUGGACAAUUUUGAUGUCAGUGCUACAAAUACUAGAGUCCAGAAAGACUCUGCUGCAAUGGGAAAAGGAUCGCAAUUUGUUAGGUUCGUUUGGGCGGGAUAGUUGAAUUGAAUUUCCAAAAAAAUAACCGCACAAUUUCACUUCGAGAACACGCAGAUCGCGUGAAAAUGGCGGAAAACGGCGAGCAACAAGGAGAGCAGUGCGUCCGCACUGAAAAGGAGCUGCCGGUGCUCUUCGGAGACUUCACCAGCAAGGAGAGCUGGGACCAUUUCUUCGCCGCAAGAGGCGCCGGUGAUUUCUCCGAGUGGUACGCCGAUUGGCCCCAACUCCGGACCUUACUCAGGAACCAUCUCUCGUUUCCGCCGUCGGCGCCGCCGCCGGAGGAGCUGACUAUUUUGGUGCCGGCGUGCGGGAAUUCCAGGCUGUCGGAGCAUCUGUACGACGAUGGUUUCAGGAAUAUAAUUAAUGUGGAUUUCUCGAGGGAGGUCAUUUCCGCCAUGAUGAGGAGGAAUUUGAGAGAUCGGCCGGAGAUGAGGUGGCGCGUGAUGGACAUGACUGAUAUGCAGCUUUCAAAUGGGGCUUUUGAAGCCAUUAUCGAUAAGGGAGGACUGGAUGCUCUAAUGGAACCUGACAUUGACCCCAGAUUAGGAACAAUAUAUUUAUCUGAGGCUAAAAGAUUGUUAAAAGCUGGAGGAAAAUAUAUCUGUCUCACCUUGGCAGAAUCUCAUGUAGUAGGUCUACUUUUUCGAAAGUUUCGAUUUGGAUGGAAAGUCAGUCUUCAUGCUGUUGCUCAAGAACCAUCUUCAGGAACCACCAAACAGCGGGCUUUUUUGUUUGUCGCAGAGAAAUAUAUUUUAACUGUUAUUUCUCAGAUAUCAUUCAUUGAUGAAUAUUCUGUAGAACCCCAUGGUAAUCAGGUUCGAGAACUAUUUGAAGCACUCGAAAGAGAAAAUACUGUCCGUGCAGAAUACUCUAAUGGCACUUAUACAUGUUACUCACUUAAAGACCUGAAGCAAGGGGUACAAGGAAACAUUGGAGUGCUUGUACCUGGUCGCGGUAUAAAUCUUUUUUUAGGUGAAACUGGAGUAUCACGUUUCUUCUAUAGUUGUUUACUGCUUGAUGCUCAUCCAUUGGCAAGACCUUUCUCCGAUCAAUACCGUGUAUUAUUCAUUCACAGCAUGCAAAUGUUCCAGAGGCUCCUCGCAUCAAAUGUCCGACCAUGGGUCCUUGCUGUAGGCCAAAGUGCUGCUCGGCUGUUGAUAGUUGCACUGGAUGCCAACCAUAAUGUUUCACCGAUUGAAAUAGUGAAUGAUAUAUUUCGUUUCAUCGAACAAUUGGCCCCAAGGGAUGACAUUAAAAAAGUUAAGGUUAAAGUUACGCAUGCAGAUGAAGGGUAUAAGCAGCAGAAAAUUGUGUCUAAGGUUACAUCUACCUUGAGUGGUCCUAUUGCUAUAGAUGACGUGAUCUAUUUCAAUCCACCGGGUGAUAUUCCUAAUACACAUGAUAAAUCUAAGGAUAUCAUAUUCCGCCGCCUUCGCUUUGGAAGAACUGAAGCUUUUGCGCAAUCUGAAGCUCUAUUAUCCACACAAGUUCAGAAUAAGAAAGUGCCGGCAGCUUCUGAAACCUUGAAGAAAGGAAAACUGAGGAUGGUUGAAUCGCAGCCAUCUGAUUCUCAAGCAUCGAGUGGUGAUACGAAUGUCGAUCACGAAUAUUUGAGAAGUGGACACGACAAGGGGAAGAUUUCUGGAUUACUGUUGUUUUCCAUACAUUCAAAAAGAACUACCUCAGCUGGUAGAUUGGUUAAAACAGUAAUCAUCGGUCUUGGAGCAGGACUACUUCCUAUGUCUUUGAGAAAUUACGUACCGACUUUAAAGAUUGAGGUCGUUGAGUCAGAUCCUGUCGUUCUGAAUGUUGCUAAAGAGUAUUUUGGUUUUGAAGAAGAUGAUUGCUUAAAGGUACAUAUUACUGAUGCAAUGAAGUUUGUCAAAGAGAGAGCAGAAGGGCACAACUCUUCCAAAAUUGACGUACUUAUAAUCGAAGUGGACUCAUCAGACUCAAGUUCUGGUUUAAUUUGUCCAGAGGCAGAAUUGGUCGAGGAACCUUUUCUAUUGGCAGCAAAAGAUUCACUUUCUGAUAAAGGUUUAUUCAUCCUUAUGUUUGCCACAUGCUAUCCUGGUGUGAGGGCUGCAGCGUAUUCAAAAUUGCAAACGGUAUUUAGCAGCAACCUCUUUAUCAUGCACGUAGAUAAAGGUUUCAGUGAAUUAAUUUUUGCUCUGAAGAAGGACUCCCCAGUCAUUGGAGAGGAAGAACUCGCUCAAGCUUGUGAAGCACUUCGAAGAUCAUUAGAGCAUAACAAGGGGGAGUGGGUCAAACGAGCCUUAGAUGACUCGAAAAAGAUCGAGCCACUUAGAAAAUCAUGAUGAAGAAAGCAUUUUUUUUUUUUUUUAUUUCUUGGUGAUGAAUAAUGGAAACAGAUAUUCAAAUCUUCUUGGUAAGAUAGAUACAAAUGCAUGCAGCUGAUGUAUAGAGAUCUUCUUAGCACACACUUACUUGUAUAUAUCUGCUGAUCUCUGAGGCAUUACUAUUGAUAUAAUGAAUAUGCACAUAUUAUACCAUUUUUAAUGUGUUCUGCUGUGUGAAUAUACUCAUCUUAGUGUAUGUGGAGGUUAUAUGUAUGACUAUGGGCGAUAGUAUCUUCAGGCGGUUGUUGAGCCUCCUUGACAACAACGUAAGCAAUGUCAAAUAGAUCUACCGACAAAUCAAUUACAGUUUUUAGUGCAGGUGCAGAGGCGAUUCAAGUGUUCUACAAGAAGUAGAAACUGACACUAUCUCCGCAAUCUUUCUUCUAGCCGAUGAAAUCUUGUUAGCUUCGAUUGCCGUUUUCGCAUCGCUAAAAUGCAGCAUUGGCCGAGUUAUAAUAAUCGCGACAAUUUACAUAUAAACUUGUUUUAAGUGAAUUUGGUCAAUCGACAUGGUCAAGGUGCCUAUUCCGAGAGCUUGGAGCGACGUGGCUCCACUAGUCCUUUGAUUGUUCUGCAGAAUAGAGAGACAUGUACUCACUCGGGUACUUUGUUUUCGAGAGACUUCACCAUAAAAGGCGUUGACGAUUUCUUUGAGUGGUACGCCGACUGGCCCCAACUCCGGACCUUACUCGGGAACCAUCUCUCGUUUCUGCUGGAGGAGCCGAGUAUUUUUGGGAACUCCAGGCUGUCGGAGCAUCUAUACGACGACGGCUUUAAGAAUAUAACAAAUAAUGUGGAUUAUAUAUCUCAAAGUUGGUCAAGCCACUACCAUUAUAAUACACACAUCUACUUGUUGAUUACAGUAAUUGGUUUGUUAGCUAUGAUAGUGUACAUUGGUAUAUUGUGUAUAUUAUACCGGGU